AUGUACAAGCCACCAUGUGCCUUUGCUUGUAACGGCGCCAUCAGCAACAACGCACUCUCAUGUUCAUCGAUGACGGAGAUGGAAGGCAUGGAUUCUAUGCCAAUGACGACGCCCGAAUGUCGAGCCAAUGAUACAUCAUUCCUAACCACGCUGGCGUGGUGUCUACAAUCAAACUGCGCCGAGUUCGACGUUCCAGUCUCUGAGCUGCAGAAGUUCUGGGAAGAACAAGCUACAGGCGAACCGACUGUGCAACCCAAAUGGAGCUACUCUGCGGGGCUGCAGAGCGUCCAGGAAGCGCCAACGAAGAUCCUCACAAUGCAUGACACUCUCAAUUUCACAGCGUUGACGUCGGAAGAGGAUUGGGAUGUACAGUUCAAAACCCUUUCAUACUUCGAGCGGGAAGAGGCCAUCCAUGCGAGAUAUGGCAUUACCCACAAGGUUGCUCCGUACAUCGUUUGGCAAAGUCUCAUCGGUACAUAUCGAGUCCGUCCUCUUCCAUAUUUGAUUGGAACCGCACCGUCCAUCGGACAUGCUUCCUACAUUGCCCUCAUGAUCAUCCUGAACGUCAUCCUCACUGCAGUCAACUACAAAUCAGCACAGCCAAACGCAUGGUUCUCGAGCCAAUACCAGGAAAUACUCGAGUAUGUCAUGAUCCGAACGGGAACGCUGGGUUUCGCAUUGUCACCUCUGGUCAUUCUAUUCGCUGGCCGCAACAACGUGCUCCUUUGGCUCAGCAAUUGGUCACACUCCACUUUCAUGCUGCUGCACCGCUGGAUCGCCCGCAUUUUUGGCCUCCAGGUCAUCAUCCAUUCCAUCACAGCAUUGGCUCUUUAUUCCAAUAUCGGAACAUACUCGGAAGAGUUGAAGCUUCCUUAUUGGAUCUGGGGUUGUGUCGCCUCAGUGGCAGUCGUCAUCAUGCUGGUGGCUAGCAACCUCUACGUGCGUCGUCAGUCGUAUGAGGUAUUCCUCGUCAUCCAUAUCCUCCUCGCUGUCUUCGUCAUUGCCGGCUGCUGGUAUCAUGUCGACAUCCGCUUUCAGCGCAAAUUCGGCUACGAGAUGUGGCUGUACGCAUCAUGCGCAGUUUGGUUCUUUGACAGGAUGAUGCGCAUGCUGCGUGUGCUCAAGAAUGGCAUGCGCCGAUCCAACGUCGUCAACAUUGAUGAAGAUGUGGUUCGAGUGGACGUUCCUGGCAUUCGGUGGGCUGCGAGCCCGGGGCAGCAUGUAUAUGUAUACUUUCCCACGCUCAAUCGACUCCGACCCUGGGAGAACCACCCCUUCUCCGUCAUUCCGACAACCAUGUUGUACGAGAAAGCACGGUCAUCUGAGGCCAGCGCAUCACCCACAAGGUCAAGCAACGACGUUGAGAAAAAUGAGCGAGCAGAUGUCAGAAUCAGUCCAGUCACUGACAGGGAAAAUGCUGGUUUGACGCUAUUCAUACGCAAGUCAGCUGGGCUGACGAAAGCCUUGACCACAAAAGACAACGUCCUCACCCUCCUAGACGGACCGUAUUCAAAUAAUUCGACCGCACCCGUGUUACAGUGCGACCGUCUGCUUCUGAUCGGCGGCGGAAUUGGUAUCACGGCCCUCGUUCCGUGGAUCGAUAGGCAUCCAAACGUCAAGUUGUCGUGGAGUGUUAAAGACUCUGCAAAGGGUCUUGUGCGCGCUUUGGAGAAUGCAAUUGACCGGGUCGAAGAGAAGGACGUUCGAGUUGGAUCAAGGCUCGAUUUCAAUGCCCUACUUGACCAAGAAGUGCAGUUAGGGUGGUCCAGGAUCGGCGUGGUAGUUUCAGGGCCUGGAGGUCUCUGCGAUGAUGCUGCGGCCGCGGUCAUUGCAGCAGGGAAAAGGGGCAAAGCUUUGUUUGAGCUCGAAAUAGACGCUUACUCUUGGUGA